GCACGAGAGACAAAGGCAGAGUGAGAGCUGGCCGAUCAGUCAGUCCACAACACCUCAACAUCCUCCGGGCCCGACAGAGGUGAUCCUGCUUGAGCGGGAGAGAAGGAGAGAAGACCAGUUUCUUUUUGGGGAGAAGAGAGUGAAAUCGUAUGAUGUCUGUUGUGGGCGCGCAGCCUUUCAUCAAACCAAUGCAGUCAGUACCGUCAGUAUCGCCUGGUAUCCAACGGAGACACACGCUUCCCGCGAGCGAAGUCCGACCGCUCAACACGCAAGAUGCAAUAAGCGUCUUUGAAAUCGAGCGAGAAGCAUUUAUCUCAGUAUCAGGUGAUUGUCCCCUCCACCUGGAUGAGGUGCGUCACUUCCUCACGCUGUGUCCGGAGCUGUCCAUGGGCUGGUUCGAAGAGGGCCGGCUGGUUGCCUUCAUCAUCGGCUCUCUCUGGGACCAGGACAGACUCACUACAGAGGCACUGACUCUCCACAAGCCCUGCGGCUCCACCGUCCACAUCCACGUCCUCGCCGUCCACCGCACCUUCAGGCAGCAGGGCAAAGGUCCCAUCCUGAUGUGGCGUUACCUGCAGUACCUCCGCUGUCUGCCCAACGUGCGCCGGGCGGUGCUGAUGUGCGAAGACUUCCUCGUUCCCUUCUACCGCAAGUCAGGCUUCAAGGUGCUGGGGCGCUGCGCCAUCACCGUGGCCAACCUCACCUUCACAGAGAUGUGGUACCCCAUCAGCGGCCACGCGUACAUGCGCCGCAACAGCGAAGCCAUCCGUUUCCCUCAGCAUCCCCUGACUCUGCCACUUACAAAGACUGACGAACAUGUUGAUGUAUGACAUGCUGGUUUCACGAGGUAGCCGCACAGGUUGACUUUUAUUUAAAACCAGUGUUGUACUCUGUAGGAUGUGUCAGAGUUUCUCUCAGUUCUCAGUGGCUGCUUAUUCUUAUUUGUUGGACUUUGUUUUCCUCUAGUCUCAAACUGAAGCUCAUCUUGUGUGAAAUUCUCUUAAUGUGUACAAUAAAUCCAAGAAUGUACUAUACUGUCAUGUGAUGUAUUAUAUGUAAGAAUCUUCACUUUGUUAGACUGUGUGUAUCACUCACCUGUGGGAGGACUAGAGUAGUGUGUUGAACUAUAACUCUAAGUGGAGUUACAUUGAUGAUGUGUUGCAUUUGUGGUAGACAUAUGGAUUCGUGGCUGUACAGUAAGCUGUCUCCUGCUUAGCACCUUUCUGGGCUUUCCAUAACUAUGGACUGACGUCAGCGAGCAGGCUUUAGCUCGUCCAGCUCUAUUAGGGGGCUUUAGCUAUUGUAAACAUCAGAGGAUUUAGAAGAGGAUCCACGCAUCAGUUAGACCGCACGUCCAAUAACCUUACAUGUAUGCUGCAGGUUUUUGGUUAGACGAUACAGCUGUGGCAGUUUGUUAAGGCAGACUUUGUAUGGUGAUUUUUUUUUUUCUAAGUUUGUGUCUG